UGAUGGCAAAGGAGGAGUUUGUCGUUAAGACUUGUUGAUGAUCAGUGAGGCUGAGGCGGGAAGCGCGUGGUCGUUAAGACUUGUUGAUGCCGUUGAUCUAUGAGGCUGAGGCGGGAAGCGCGUGCGCCUCAGUCGCUCCGUUUGGAGACGCUAAGUGAGCUCGAGUUGGAGGAUGAAAAGGAGCAUUUCUUGAAUACGUUUUCUUUCCUGGCUAACGUUAGCACCUAUGCUGCACAUUCGUGUACUCCAGCUUCUGGAAAAGACUUUUUUAUUUGAGUUUAUUUAUUUGUUCGUUCCUGUCACACCGGGUAGACGUCAUUCUCACCGGAGCCGCUCGGCGUUGCUUACAUUUUUCCCUCACAAGACAUGCUGCUUUAGAAAAGGAAAAAAACGCACGUCGUUAUUGAAUAACCACGCGACCUAGAACAUGGGACUGAAUGGGGAGUGAUCGUCUGAAUCAACAAUAAACACCCCCGUUGCAACUUCGAGUCACCGUCGUUACGCCGUCGGAAGAUGAGUGAACGUUUGAACAGAACCGGCGUGGAUAUCUGCUAAACUUGGUGAAUAUGUGAGACAUGAAUAUGUGUAGUCGCAGGGCUCCACCUGGGAGACGAAGGUGGUCGCGUUUCUCCGCUUGACAGCUCAGAACGAAAAACGCUUUGUUUGUUCAGACUCCGGGAGUGGACGUCGCUGCCCAGGGUGCUGAAUUUCAUCAGGACCGGGUCAAACAUAAAGGAAGGAAAGUGACGGAUCGGAGAGACUCUCAAGCGUGACGUGAAUAUAUUUUCAUAAUCCCAUAUUUUGGAGGAGCCGGGCAACUCAUGUCAUAAUCAUUCCGAAAACCAUUGUGCAAUCAGGAAUGAAAAGUAACCUGCGUGACUUCGAAAUGAAAAUUGGAGAACAUGUGAAAUACGGACAGUUGAGUAACACUUCACCUUUGUAUUCAUUAUGCUAAUUCAGUGUCUUAUUUCGCCAUUCGUGAUGUGUGGAUCUCUUUGAUCAUCGUCCGUGCAUUUCAGAGGGCAGAGCACACAAACAGUCGCAAAAAUGGGACAAUAAUUGAAACAGAUCGGGCGGUUUGUUGUUGUUGUCUGUGCUUUGUGUGUAAGGAGUUCAACAGCCCUGUUUUUGAGACAUGGCAGCGGCGAUUGCCAGCGGUUUGAUCCGCCAGAAGAGACAGGCACGGGAGCAGCAUAUAGACCGACCAUCCACCAACAGAAGGAGAAAAAGCCCAAAUAAGAAUAAAGGGCUUUGCAAUGGGAACCUGGUCGACAUCUUCUCCAAAGUGCGAAUCUUCGGCCUCAGGAAACGCAGACUACGACGACAAGAUCCCCAGCUCAAGGGUAUAGUGACCAGGUUAUAUUGCAGGCAGGGAUACUACUUGCAGAUGAACCCAGAUGGAUCUCUUGAUGGGACCAAGGAUGACAGUAGUAAUUCUUCGUUGUUCAACCUCAUCCCUGUGGGCCUUCGGGUCGUUGCUAUUCAGUCUGUGAAGACGGGCUUGUACAUCGCCAUGAAUGGAGAAGGCCAUCUGUACACAUCAGAACUGUUUACGCCGGAAUGCAAGUUUAAAGAGUCUGUGUUUGAAAACUACUAUGUGAUCUACUCAUCCAUGCUGUAUAGGCAGCAGGAGUCGGGGAGAGCAUGGUUCCUUGGCUUGAAUAAAGAUGGCCAAGCCAUGAAGGGGAACCGGGUGAAGAAAACUAAACCAGCUGCUCACUUCCUGCCCAAGCCAUUAGAAGUCGCUAUGUACCGAGAGCCAUCAUUGCAUGACGUGGGGGAGACAGUGCCCAAACCUGCCGUGCCUCCCAGUAAAAGCACAGAGCCGGCCGUCAUGAACGGUGGCAAACCUGUCAGCAAGGAAACCAAGCCCACCACAUAGCCAGAUCCCAGCUCGGCCAUGCUCAACCCCGGAGAGCCGUGCUCCUUUUGUCAGACUCUCCAUGUUUGUGGAUCAGAUCCAGGCAUCCUCUGCUCUCUCCUCCCCAUUCCCUCCACCCUCUUCACUCCUCUGACUGUUCCGAUCUAAUUCGACGAUGGACUGGCUCCGGAAGAGUGGUCAGCUGUGCACGUAGGAGGAUGCAACUGGAUAAACCAGCUAAACUUUCACCAUGGAAUGCCCUAACUGAUAUGGAAUGCCUUUUGACAUACAAUAAAGCCGAUGUUUUUUCUGUAAUUGAGACAAUCCACGAGAAUGAAAUUGUGUACCGCAGGCGCUUGUGUGGCGGUUCUUUUGCCUGCUAACAGUCACCCGUUAUAACCCUUUUCUUGAACCCUGACGCAGCAGAGACCGUACAUUUCAGAUCUAUUUUCUAUAUACGCAGUAACACCAGCCACACUCUGGGGUAAUACUGUAAAGAUAUACAUAUAUGGACUGCAAUCCACAACUUGUUUUAUUUUUUGUUGUUUUUUUUUUUAAUCGAGUACGCUCCUGUGUCUCUUUCUUUCUAGGUGUCCCCCACUUAAAGCUCGAAUUACCAAAUCUUUCCCUUUUGUCCAUUACUUACUAAAUUUGUUGUCGGGGCCGUGUGCGAUGCAUUCUGGUGUGCAGUUAUUCAAACACAAUGAUGGAUUUCCAUCAUUAAAGUCCUUUCCCGACUUCAGUAGUCAAGAGACGUUGAUCAAAUGGACGGAGCCUCCUAAACAGAAUCAAACUCAUUAUCCAAGGUUCAGCGCUCAUGUCUUCUCAUUCUCAUAAUGUCUAGAAAGGGACACAAGUAUACUUCGACAGCAAAUGCCAGCGAGUGCAUUAGUCACGCCCACUGCAGUCAAACACAAGGAGUUGUCAUGUGCUGGAGAAGGUGUAUAGAGUACAUAUCACUAUCUAGUAUGGUGCAGACCGGUUUCAAUCCCAGUAACUAGGUGAAUUUCCACUUUUCUUUGCUCUUAAUUUAGAGCGUGGGCUCUAGGAAUAUCUAUAGGCCUUGUAGGCCUCUGGUCAAGGCCCCUCUUUGACAUGCUGACUUCUCUGAACUAUGGGCUAGUUCUGGCGAGCACAUUAAAUGUGGCGAGAGUGGCAGCCGUAGAAAAAUACAGUCUACUUCAGACUUGUGCGGUAAAACAACUUGAUGUAAGUAGGUACCAUUACUAUUGGCUGCACACCCAUUUUGUUCAGCAAAGGCAUGGGCAAGGUUAGUAUUACAUUCUGUUCUUGCAACGCAGACGCAGUGCAAGAAAUGGCUUCUAUAACGAUGUUUUCACUGUAUACAAAUAAAAUAAAAAUCUUCAAAAAAAACAACAAAAAAAAAGACAGAAGUAAAUAGAUAAAUAGAUUUUUAACUACCAGAUAUUAUGAUUCUGAAAUGAGAGGGGUUCUUCCUAGCUCAGCAUGCAGAGUCCAGUACUGCUCAUCAUGUGCCUGUGAUGACCUCUAACCCAGCAUGCAAAAACAUGUACCCAGUCUGUGCUGGGUUAAAGGUGCCUCAUGCCCCAGACACACACACACACACACACACACACACACACAGAGAUAUUCAGUAGCAACUUAUCCCACAAACACACAAAAGUUGAUUGUUACCAAAGUCCGUUAACACGAGAAUCCAGCCAAACAAUUUCAAUAACUCCGAGGACGGUGGUCCUCUUCGGUUUUUGUCCUCACUGUGACUAGAGUUCAUCACAAAGAACGAUUGUCUUGACUUUUUAAUCGUCUCGAUUCAAAAACGAAGAGAUUCCAAAUGACGUCCUCCACUUUGAUUGUUCAUUUAGUACAAGACCGGGGUACCUAUUACUAAUCACCUGCAUGCGUUUUCUUAAGGACCAAAGUAUGGGACAGCUAGCAAUGUCUAAAGAUAGUUUGAGGUGUAGGGCUACACUGAAUGGGCAUGAUUAUAUAAGGCUCUCUCAUACUCUGGAUUGAGACCAUUGCACUUUGCGUUUGAAAUCGUCAUCUACUCACAUCUACGUAGGAUUUUAACGAUUAGUCAAUUAUCAGCCGAGUUGACGAAGCCUGUCUUGCUUUAACAGUUUUCAUAGUUUGAAUGAUGAAUACCGUUUAGAAUGUUAUGAAGUAGACCGAGGCUAUGCUGCUAAAUACAAAUAUAUUCAACAUUUCAUUUGAAGACCUAUAUUUUCAUUUAUUGGGAUUUUGAGCUAGUUUCAUAUUAGGAGAUGUUCAAGCACAUUAGUUAGACUUAAUAGAUAUUUGUCUGUACAAAGCCGAAUUUAAUGCUAGAAUGAGAUGCAGUACUAUACAGGAAAAGUAGCUUCAUAUUUGAAAUCAGUUCCGAGGCUGGUGUCCCACUUCCACACGAAACAAAUCACUCACUCCAAUGAGCUCUACAUGCUGGGCUACAGCUGCCCUGCAGACCAGUGAACUGGUUUUACGAAGGUUAAAUUUAUUUUUGUAAGUGACUGGUGAGUACGUGUGCAUUUGUUAGUAUGUUCGUUUGUUUAUUCCUCUUUCAAACGUCCGUGUUUGUUUCGUUCCAUUCAGGUCGUGUGUGAUGUCGUUAAAUUGUAAUGAGGAGCAAUCGCUGAACAAUUGAUCAUUUCUGUGUUUUCUCCGUAUUUCUGAUUUUCAGUGGUGAAGGAAGGUCUCCAUUGUCUGUUGAUUGGUUUUGAGCAUUGAUUUGACAGUUACUUCAUCUGUUGCAUGGGAAGAGGGUGGCAUAUAUGAACUGCAUGUCGUAGGCUAUGUGUAUCAUGGACUGUUGGUAUGUUCUGCUAAUUUUACAUACAUAUAUGCAAAGAGUUUGUCUGCACUGUACAGUUUGUGUUUGUUGUAUACACAGAUACAACAUAUUGAAUAAAAUAUUUAUAUAAAGGUA